UCUGCAUGCAUUUCAAUAGUUAAAAUCUUUAUCAACUUGCUCUCUAGUGCUCAUACGCAUCUCACUCACUCACCCACUUACACUGUUAAAACAAACCACUUGCUGGUUUCUUUCUACUUCCCAUAACUUAGGGUGAAUAUUUCCUUGUCAGAUAAUAGUCUCUUUUGAUCUAUUAACUAAUAACUGAUAGAGACAAACCAAUUUUGAGCUUGGGUUCUUGAGUUUAACAGACUCUUUCAAUUGUUUCAGACUUUUUACAAAUUGAUCUUUCAAUAUGAAGUGUUAUCUUAUCUGUUCCACUUAUUUCAUUAUUUGUUCCUUGGUUGUCUUUGCUGCGCAUGCUCGUUGGCAUCAUCACCACCAUACAAAACAUAAACACACUCACUCUCAUAAAAUAUCAUCAAUUUCAGUACCUCCCUCUUCUUUACAUGAGCCUGCUUAUCCUCCAUUUUCUCCGCCGGAAUUUCCUGAUCUGCCUCUCACUCCUUCACCUGAACCCGAAAUUCCACCAUCUCUUCCGCCUCCUACUAGUUCACCUAUGCCUGCUAAUCCUCCGCUUGCUCCGCCUCUUCCUGACCUCGUCAAUCCAACACCCAUAGCUCCUCCUGAGCCUGCUCAUCCACUAUCUCCUCCUCCUGCACCUGAGCCUGCUAAUCCUAAGCUUGUUCCGCGUCCACCUGACCACGCUAAUCUGACUCCCACCCCUCCUCCUGAGCCUGUUCAUCCAAUAUCUCCUACUCCUGCACCUGAGCCUGCUAGUCCACCUGAUGGGUACAGUUCUAGAAUUUUUAAUGUGAGAAAAUUCGGGGCAGUUGGUGAUGGAAUAGCAGAUGAUACAGAUGCAUUCAAGAUGGCAUGGGAUACAGCUUGCCAAACUGAAGGUUCUACAGUUAUUCUUGUUCCUUAUGGUUUCAAAUUCAUGAUUCAGUCUACAAUUUUUACAGGUCCUUGUCAAGGUGGUCUACAGUUUCAGGUUGAUGGAACUCUUGUCCCUCCCGAUGGACCAAACUCCUGGCCACAAAAGAACAGCAAGCGACAAUGGCUAGUUUUUUACAGAAUUAAUGAAAUGUCAUUAGUGGGAGGUGGUGUAAUAGACGGCAGAGGAGAAAAAUGGUGGGAUCUUCCUUGCAAACCCCACAAGGGAAUAAAUGGAACCACAUUGCCCGGGCCGUGUGAUAGUCCGAUUGCCAUCAGGUUCUUUAUGAGCUCCAAUUUGACAGUUCGAGGACUUAGAAUCAAGAACAGUCCUCAAUUCAACUUCAGAUUUGAUGGUUGCGAGAAUGUUCACAUAGAUUCCAUUCACAUUACUGCUCCUGCUUUAAGUCCUAACACCGAUGGAAUCCACAUAGAGAACACUAAUAAUGUGGAAAUAUAUGAUUCAGUAAUCUCCAAUGGUGAUGAUUGCAUAUCAAUCGGUUCAGGCUGUUACGAUGUAGACAUUAGGAACAUGACCUGUGGACCUAGUCAUGGAAUCAGCAUAGGGAGUCUCGGCAACCACAAUUCGCGAGCCUGUGUACAUAACAUCACGGUUAGAGACUCAGUGAUUAAAGUUUCGGAAAACGGAGUUAGAAUCAAGACCUGGCAAGGUGGAUCAGGAGCGGUCUCAGGAAUAACAUUUAGCAAUAUUCAUAUGGAUAAUGUAAGGAAUCCAAUUAUAAUUGACCAAUUCUAUUGCUCGACAAAGGAAUGCACAAACCAAACGUCAGCAGUUUAUGUAUCAGACAUUUUAUAUGAAAAUAUAAAAGGAACAUACAAUAUUCGAAGCCCGCCAAUGCAUUUUGCUUGCAGUGACUCAGUCCCUUGCACCAACUUGACACUUUCAGAUGUUGAACUUCUUCCUGCUCAAGGAGAUUUGGUUUUGGAUCCAUUUUGUUGGAAUGCAUAUGGAGAUUUGGAAACCCUAACAAUUCCACCAGUUUCUUGCUUGAUGGAAGGCGCUCCUCGAUCUCUGAUCAGUAAUGAGAUUGAGGCUUGUUGACCUAUUUAGAUUUUAACUGUAAAUUAAUUGAAGUGAUUUCUAUAUUUGUGUACAUAAUUGAGGAUAGAGAAAUCAUGGCAUGCAUGGAUGGAUAGUACUGUCAGGGUUACUCUAAUUAUGAAAUGAUUAUGGACUGGUGUAUUUUAAUCACCUCCCCAUAUAAUAAUAAUAAUAAUAAUAAUACUAUAUAAUUUAUAAAA